AUGAGAGAGGUGUUCGAUCUUAGCAUGGAACCAGAAGAUAUCCUGCUCGAAGAUGAACGAGUUCAACGUCCUGUGCCAAAGAAACUUCUCCUGUCGAAAAACGAAGAACCACCAUCUGCAGGUGAAUGUAAGUUUAAAGAGGUAUUUCAUCGUUAGAA